CUCUGCCACCGAGGAAAGUCAGGAGCGUUGCCCGCUCACAGGGAAGCGCGGAGGCUGGGAGCUUGGUGACAGUGCGCGCUGUCCUUUCAGCACCAAGGUUUUACGCACGGCCACAUGAGUUACUUUGCCGCGAAAAAGCGCAGACGUUUCGGCCAGGUUACACAAGAGAAACACAACACAGACAGACAUGUUUUCACCAAAGUUUGAAGUCGUGUUGUGGAUUUUCAUUUUUUUAUGGGGGGCGUUGAUGAGACUGUCGCUCACAAUUUUCGGGUUGCGGAGCAGCUUUCACUUUUUUUUUUUUUUUUUUUUUUUCCACAGCUCUGAAACGCACCGAUUUCCCCCCUCAGCGUGUGUUUUCACAAUUAAGUAAACUACUCCAGUCUCACUGGCCAGACAGAUUUGGGGUGGGGGUUUCAGAGAAGGGGGGGCGUGGGAGCCAACUGCACGCCCUGACUUAAAGAAAGCUGUACCAACCACAGUAGACCAGUGCAAACUAAUCUCCACUGGCGACAAACACUCUGUGAACUUCAACUAUGCGGUGCAGUCGGCUGCUCUGAACAGGAACUAUAGUAUAGUAAGUUUUUUGUUUUUUGUUUUUUUUUUAAAUAGUCAUCCUUAAACAGUUCGUGCUCGUCUCUCAGUCCCCAUGAUGGAUGUAAAGUGCGCAAUGGCUGUAAAUGAAGUCAUGAGAAUCAGAAGAAGGAUAUGGGAGCAUUUCCACUGAGAUGCCGGUAUCUGCGUUCUAUACUGGGCUGAUUGGAAAUUUCUGUGGAAGUAUUAGUGGGAAAAAACGCUUCCUGUAACUGCGUAUCGCACACAUAAAUGGAGUAACGGAAAGGAAGGAGGAGAAGGUGGGGGGGGAGAAAGAGAGAGAGAGAGAGGGAGAGAGAGAGAGAGAGAGAGAGAGAGAGAGAGAGAGAGAGAGAGAGAGAAGCGCAGAAAAACUUCGCACGGCGUCCAGGCGAAGGUCAGUCAACUCAAGUGGACUUUUUCCGCAUCGGGAGUGCCAAUAAUGCGUCUUAUUGUCAUCGCAGACACGACGGAGUAACCCGCAGGGGACAGGACACCGCGUCUGCGAGACAGGAUAAAAAGUGAGCCUCACUUCGGGGGAGGACGCACACCAGACCUGGAGCGCCGGAUCCUUGUGCUGCUAGUCCGCUGUCUCCCGACGGUCGGCCGGUGUUCAGAGGAGGAGCGCGGAUGCUCGGCGUGGACUCAUAUGACUCCAGAAGCUCUUUCAUGUCUCUCCCUGCACAGCAGCAGACUUUAACGGGACGUAUUCCAGGAAGCCUAAGCUGAAUUUACGCACGGUUCUUUUUUUUUUUAUUAUUGUUGUCUUUCUCUCCUUCGCUUUCAUCAUUGUCGGACGCGCGUCAACAUAAUCGGUGUUUGGAAGACAAAAAAAAAAAAGGCUAUCGAGCCCCGAGGUGUCCUGUUAAACUCGAGCUGAACUGGAGAAGGAGUUGCCUUGUUGUCUUUUCUCUUCUUCUUCUUCUUUCUUCUUCUUCCUCCUCUCUUCUCACUCCACGGGAGCUAUGAGCGGACUGCGGAAGCACUUCAACAUGGGACUGGUGCUACUGAUGUGCGCGCUGACCGGACACUGCGGCGAGAGCGCGCCCUCGACGGCGACGCCGGCAGCUGCAGCCGGCCGGGACUUCAGGCGGAUAGUAGAGAUCGUGAAGCAGGUGGAGGAGAGCCGGGGUCGGCACGGCGCGGCGAGGACCGAGCCUCCGUCGGUGCCGCGGGCGAUGAGCGCUCCCGUGGAGGCGAGGGAUUUACGCAACCUGAAAACCGACAGAGAGGAGAAAGCUGUCGUCGUACCCCCCAGUCGAAAGAAGGAGAAGUUCCUGAAACAUAUAACAGGUCCGCUUUACUUCAGUCCCAAGUGCAGGAAGCACGUGUACAGGCUCUACCACCACACCAGAGACUGCACGAUACCCGCAUACUUCAAGAGAUGUGCGAGGCUUCUCACGCGACUAGCCGGCAGCCCGCAGUGCACGGAGGGGUAGCGCACAUGCAAGGUUGAAGCCAAACAAGUUCUCUGGAAGAAAAAAAAAAACUUGGG